AUGGAUCUAAUGAACCGAGUAUUUCAGCCUUAUCUGGAUCAGUUCAUCGUAGUCUUCAUCGACGACAUUCUGGUAUACUCUAAGACUGAGGCUGAGCAUGAUGAGCAUCUUAGAGUUGUGCUUCAGAUUCUACGUAAGAAGCAACUUUUGUGGAAGCCUGAACCUGGAAAAGAGUUUGUGAUUUACAGUAACGCGUCGCAUACGGGUCUGGGUUGUAGGCACUAUCUAUACAAUGAGAGGUGUAUUAUCUACACUGAUCACAAAAUCCUUUGGUACCUCCUAAUUCAGAAGAAGUUGAAUCUUAGGCAACAUAGAUGGAUUAAGUUGCUUAAGGAUUAUAACUAUACUAUUGAGUAUCAUCCUAGCAAGGCCAAUGUGGUGGACGAUGCGUUGAGCCGUAGGGCGAUGACUGCUCUGAGAGCGAUGUUCGUUCGACUUAGUUUGUUCGAUGAUGGAAGUUUGUUGGCUAAGAUUCAGGUUAAACUGACUUGGAUAGAACAUAUUCGGGAUAGGCAGUUAGAGGAUGAAUCACUGGGUCUUCGAUUUUGUCAGGUUGAGAGUGGCAACAUUAUGAACUUUGGGCUGAAUAAUGAUGGGGCACUCUGUUUUCAUGGUCGAAUUUGUGUACCGAAUGAUACUGAUCUGAGGCAGUAUAUUCUGAGAGAGGCGCAUAGUAGCCCUUAUGUUAUGCAUCCCGGUGGGAAUAAGGUGUACCGAGAUCUUCGAGAACUGUUCUAG